GUGGUCGCCGGUGCCCGGCCGGCCGGCCGCUUAGACCAGAGCCGGGUUGCGGAGCGCAGGCGCCCGGCGGCUCCAGCCUGGCGAGGGCCCCUCUGAGGCUGCGGAGGAGGCGCCGCUGCGUUCACUGCAGGUGGGACUCAGCGGGGCGGGGCGCAGCGCGAGCCGUUCCCGGGCGCCCCGGUCCUCGGCGUCCGUGAGUGUUCGGUGGGCCCACGGCCCUGCCCACCCUCUGAGGCCGCGGGCCGCCGCCCGGGCACCAUGAAGGCCGCAGGGUUUUCCUCGAGGGCCGCGCCCCGGCCGGAGGGGGCUGCGGCGAGGCCGAGCCGCCGAGCCGCUCCUGUCGCCGGGCCCUGCCUGUAGGACGUCGGGGCCCGCCGCCCGGCUCUCGUGUCCGCGCCGCAGUCGGCGCCCCAUCGCCGGCUCUGACAUGGAGGAGGGGGGAGCUGGUCUGGGAAGCCCCCUCCCGCUCGCCAUGAAGGCAGAGACCGCGACCGCGGCGCAGGAGCCCCCGGCCGGGCCCAGCCUUAGUCACCUGCUGAGUAGCCGGAAGCUGGUGGCCCUGGGGGCGGUGCUUGGCUGGCUCCUGGUCAUCCAUCUCCUGGUCAACGUGUGGCUCCUGUGCCUUCUGUCUGCGCUGCUGCUGGUGCUGGGAGGAUGGCUGGGCUCCGACGCCAUCGUGGGGCCUUCGGGUCGGCUGCACCUGGAGCGCUUCAUCCCCAUGGCCGUCUGCCCCCCAAACCCCGAGGCCGAGAGGCAGCUGGAGCAGGAGAUCGACCGCACCAUCCGGAUGGUCAUGCGGGACUUCGUGUCGUCCUGGUAUCGCACGGUGAGCCAGGAGCCCGCCUUCGAGGAGGAAAUGGAGGCAGCCAUGCGAGGGUUGGUCCAGGAGCUCCGGAGGAGGAUGGCCAGGGUGGACAGACAUGCUCUUGCCCAGAGGAUUCUGACUCUCUGUGGUUGUCACCUGCAGAGCUAUCUUCAAGCAAAGGAGGCCACGGCAGGGAAGCAGAGUGGCACAGGUGAGCCCUCCCAGCUCUGGGAAGCUUACUGCCAGGCCACCGCCCCACAUCCCGCAGUACAGAGUCCCAGGGCUGAGGUCGCCUACACACGUGGCAUCGUGAACGUGUUGCUUCGAGGCCUAGUGCCAAAGCCCCACUUGGAGACCCGGACCGGCCGCCAUGUAGUGGUGGAACUCAUUACUUGCAAUGUCAUCUUACCGCUGAUCGGCAAGCUCUCAGACCCGGACUGGAUCCACCUUGUGCUAGUGGGCAUCUUUUCCAAGGCCAGAACUGGCCCAGCAGCAGUGGGUAAGCCACUCUGCCCAGCCAGCGCCCUGGAACAGCCCUCAGUGCCCACAUCUCUGCCACUGAUUGUGGAGGUCCAGAGUCUAGCAGAUGCGAGAGCCCCUUCUCCAGCCCCAGUGCUCCUAGACUGUAGUGAGCCUUCACACCCCUCCCCAGAAGUUGAAGAAGGCCACGAAGCCCUGGAGGGAGAUUUGGGGGGAGUGCUAGAAGAGAGAGAAGUAGGAAACAACUCUUCUCACUUCCUGCAGCCUCUGUUCUUGUCCGAAGACGCAGAGCUGGAGUCUCCGUUGUCUGAACUGGGCAAAGAAGCCAUCAUGCUCAUGAACCCAGGCAACUUCCUCUCUGCCAGGAUUCAGGACUCCUUGUGUGCCCUAGGGGGUUCCCAGUCUCUGGAGUCUAAGGAUGAUGAGGGAUCCGAAGGGAUUGAAGGAGCAGAGGCUGAGGAGGGUCCAGGGACAGAAACAGAGACCGGCCUGCUUGUCUCCAUGCUGAAUUCCUGCCCAGAGAUCCACAUUGACACAGCAGACAAGGAAGUAGAGCAGGGAGAUGUCACCUCUCUUACAACUUUGCUGGCCAGUCCGGAAAGGAUGUGUCCCCCACGACCCUCGUGCUUAGAGAAAGAUCUCACCAACGGUGUGAGCUCCCUAGAUCCUGGUCUCCCACAGGUACUGCUCUCCUCCUCUCCACCUGGUCCCCUCAGCUCAGCCACCUUCAGCUUUGAGCCCCUGAGCAGUCCAGAUGGCCCCGUUGUCAUCCAGAACCUUCGUAUUACCGGCACCAUUACUGCUCGAGAGCACAGUGGCACCGGAUUCCACCCAUACACGCUCUACACGGUGAAGUAUGAGACUGCCCUUGACAGCGAGAACAGCAGUGGCCUGCAGCAGCUGGCCUACCACACCGUGAACCGCCGUUACCGUGAGUUCCUGAAUCUGCAGACCCGUCUGGAGGAGAAAUCCGAUCUACGAAAGUUCAUCAAAAAUGUGAAGGGUCCUAAGAAGCUCUUCCCAGAUCUUCCAUUUGGAAACAUGGAUAGUGACAGAGUGGAAGCCCGCAAGAGCCUCUUGGAAUCAUUCCUGAAGCAACUCUGUGCCAUUCCUGAGAUCGCUAACAGUGAGGAGAUGCAGGAGUUCCUUGCUCUGAACACAGAUGCUCGUAUUGCCUUUGUCAAGAAACCGUUCAUGGUCUCCAGAAUAGACAAGGUGGUGGUGAGCGCUAUCGUGGACACCUUGAAGACAGCAUUUCCUCGCUCUGAGCCCCAGAGCCCCACAGAGGAGCUGAGUGAGGCCGAGACAGAAAGCAAGCCCCAGCCAGAAAGCAAGAAGGCUACCAAGUCCAGACUGAGGUUCUCAUCCAGUAAAAUUGCUCCAGCACUGAAUAUAACUGAGGCACACGAGAAGAUUCUCUAUUGUCUCCGGGAAGGCAGUGUGGAGUCAGAGAUCCUCUCCAUGUCUGGGAUGGAAUCCUUUAUUGAAAAGCAGACAAAGUUACUAGAAACGCAGCCAGCAGAGGCCCCAGGAAAAGGUUCUGAACACAUCUCCGAGGGAUGUGUGGAUGACUGCGUGUCAGAUACAGCCGUGCCGGCCCGAGACCUCAGCAACAGUGAUCCCGGAACAGAGACAGAGUUGGCUGACACAGCCCUGGAUCUGCUUCUCUUGCUGCUGAUGGAACAGUGGAGCUGGCUGUGUACGGAGAACGUGCAGAAAGUUAUUCAUCUCAUCUUUGGGACCCUGAUUCAGAGGGGUACAGGGAUGAAGAGUGCCUGGAGAGUAUCACCUUGUCGUCUAAAGCGUGAAUGGGUCUGCUUCUGUAAGACUUCUGGCAUCAUCUACUGAAUGACAGGCACCACCUGUGAUCUCAGAUACUUCAGCUGAACUCUUCCUCCUCUAGGAUCAAUUCUCCACCCAGUUUUACCCCCAGGCCCUAUACCUUUCACCUUGUUACAGUGGAUGUGUCUCUUAACUAACAGUGUAUAGUCACUGUGACGAUAAGCAACGAGAAAGACAAGGAGAAAACUGGUCAGUGCUCAAAAUAAAUAUUAUUUUCUCCAGGAGGGGUGUACAUAUUCACUACUGAAGAAGCACUUACUGACACAGGAUGGUAAGGAAUAAAAGGAUACUUAGAUUUAAAACUUGAAUUUUAUAAUUCAGGCUUUGUGAUCCCAACACCACUUGAAUCUCCUGAAAGAUUUGUACAUAGAUGGAGUUUUUAGCUCCUGACUUCCUAACCAUGAAACUGAUGCAAGCCUUGCUGAACUGAAGAAGGCCAGAGACACUGUCUCUGAACCAGACAGACACAGUAGUGCUUGAGCUUUGGCCACUCUUGCAUGAGACAUCCUGGCAGAUCCCAGAGUAAGAAGAAGCCAAAUCCUGAACUCUUCUGUUAGCAUGCGGCUCAUGCUAAUAGGCCACUCCAAAAAUACAAAUAAAAACUUAAAGAAUUAUGUAUCUAUUCUGCAACAAGUAGGAAAUCCAUUAACAACAAGCAAUUAAAUUGCCCCUUCCACACUUAAAGUUACAUAGGAUCAGGGAGUCUUAGUAAGGUUUCAUCGUGAGGAAACUAAGUGAAAGAAAAGGAUGCACGUUUAUAUUUGCUGAGUGUUUAUCAAUUCCAGCACCUGACCUCUGUUGACGUAUAUUUUCUUACAGCAACCAAGUGAGGUAGGUAGCCCCAUUUCACAGAAUAAGAAAGUAGAGCUUGGCAAGGUCGGUCAGCAUACCCAAGGCCAUAGUUAAUGACAUAGUGGAAUUUGAAACUGGAUGUGCACAACUUCAAAGCCAAUGUGCUUCUUCCUAUGUAUCGCAGCCUGAAGACCAGUCUCCGUGUGAAGCCCACGUAUAAAAUGCGGACUGGUCUCUGCCUCGCUUUCACCCUUGUCCCUCCUCCAUACUCAGUUCUGCCUCAAGGCUGCUUUUUCUGAAAAGCAAAUAUGAACAUAUAUCCUGUACUUAAUAUCCAUCAGGAUGCUCUGUUGCCUACAAGAGUGAUUUUUCCAACAUGCUUUCCAGAGUUUUAGGGUUCCACAGAGGCACUUCAGAAGCCAACUUGGAAGCCGGGGGGAAAACCGAGUGGACCAUUUUGAUCAGUUUAAUAGACUGGGGGUCUAGGUAAGGUUUUGUUUGAAAAAGGGCUCCACUGUGUUUAAAAUAUAUAUUCAUUUAUUAUGGUAAAAUGCCACCUCCUUUCUUAGGUGAUCGGGCCCCAGCCUUGUCUCCAGCUCUCCCCGUGCGCGCCGUCCCCCGCGGCCUCAGCGCUCUGUGGGCGCUUUUCCUUCAGGCCUCUCUUCGUCCUCUUGUCUCUGCCUCAUUGUCUUCUUCACUCGUUCUUUUCCUGCUCUCUCCCUGUGUCCUAAACUUCCCCUCUUCUUGUCUGCUUGGCCUACUGCUAAAUAUUUUUCAAAAACCAACAUUCAACGUCAUUUAUUCUGUGAAACUUUUUAUGGCAUCCUCUCCCAUUUUUCCCUGGAUCUAAGGAGUCUUCUUCUCUAAUCUCAAAGUUUUGAUAAUAAUACUUAACACAGUGUAUUAGAGAAAUGGUCUACUUUCCUAAAACCAGUGAUUCAUCCAGCGUAUCAGUUUUCCCCCAGGGUAUUUGGUGACAUCUGGAAAUACUUUUGGUUGUCACAACUGGGGAGGGAGGCAGGCUGUGGCUAGAGGCCACGGAUGCUGCAGAGCGCCCUCUCCGCCCCAAACAGCAACGAGUUAUCCUGCCCCAAAUAGGAUGCAUCUACGCCCUCAGUAGUGCAGAGGCUGAGAAACCCUGCCCUAGACCAGUGGUUCUUUAAGGGCCAGAACUGGCUUAUGUCCCCAGCAGCUUCCACAGGGCCUGGGACAUAGAAGAUGCUCAUUAAAGAUUGGACAAAAGAAUAAACAUUUCCCUUCUCAAUACCUUUACACUGGAAAGUAGAGUCUUCGUAUGUUUUGUUCAGUCACGUGUGAAUGUUGCUGAUUGAGGCUU